AUCUUUUGAUCAGCUUUCGGCCUUGCUAGAUCAUGUCUCAAGUAGCUGCCUUUGAGCUUUUCAGUACCGACAGCGGCCCAUAGUAUCAUCCACGAAUGCUGGGGUCCAAAACGCUUAAAAAGAGGGUGGCCGCAUUCUACGAUGGGCCGGAAAGCUAAGUUCACGGAGGCUAAGUUGAAGCACUGGCAGUGCUUCUUGUUCUGCCUCAGCUCUUUUCUCAUUGGCACCUGCAUCUUGGAAGUAGCAAGGAUCAAAACCCCGGAUGUAGGCUGGCUGAUGAAGAUUGAAGUGUUAAGCAACCAGAGUAUGAGCUCAUGUGAGACUAGGUUUCAGCAGAUCAAUGGCUCCAUAGAAGAAGCAACUCAAGAUCAGCCUACGAGCGUCACAGUGCGGUUUUGGUCCCGUCCUAGUCGCAGCGACAUUCUUAACGUUUCUGCUUGAUGGAGGUCUGUGGAUCUGACAAGGAUCUUGUACCAUGUUUAGAGCGGCUAAAUUCUAGAGACUCUAUGCUGGCAGCUGCAUGCUUGACAAAGGAAGCUGCAAGAUCGGCUAAAUCGACUAGGCCUGGAGAGAGGAGAUUGCAAGGGGAAAGGCCGGUGGAGGUUCCAGCAGCCAAGCAGCUGUUUCAUUGCUUUUGGCAAGGCACACCAUCUUUGAAGGUGGUGCUGAUGGCUCUUUCGUUUCUCUACACGCAACGCCUUGAUGAGUCCUGUCUCCUCAUCUGGCUAGAGCUGCCGGACAAGCAAAGCAUUGAGGAAGCGCUCGCAGACUCUCCAGUCGCAAGGUCACUGCUUGAAUAUAGCCCCUUCAUAGAGAUUCGUGUCUGGAAUGAGAGAGAACAGUUUCACGACACACCCUUUGAGAGACUAGAAAAUGUUCCUGAUUGGGCACCCGGCUACUCGGAUAUGGUCCGCUUCUUCUUGGGUUGGAAGUAUGGGGGCCUAUAUGUGGAUGUUGAUGUGCUAUUCCUGCGUGACUUUGGCCCCCUCCUUUCGGCGCCCUUUGAUUUCGCUUACCAGUGGAGCAUCCACGACUUCUUCAAUACUGCAAUCCUGGGGUUGACAAAGGGUUCGCCGGUUGCCCUUGCAAUGGUGGAACAUGCAAUGAAAGUUGGGUCUCCAAAAGGCUUUCAUCCUCACCAAGUGCUCGAAGCUACCCUGGCGGCUGAACUUCCCCAGAUCGUCCCCAUUGACCCUUUCAGAAACGACAAAUGGAGAGGAGUCUUUGAUUCUCUGUCGCACAGUGGCAGUUCUUUGCAAUGUCCAUACGAGGCAGCAUUCUUGCAUAGCGAUGCGGAGUGUCCCGAGCCCGUAUGCGAAUUUGAGGUCGCUCCAGAACAGAAACGAACCUUUGUCAUGUUACCUAACGACAUCUUCGAUCCGAUGUGGAUCUAUAUCGAGCGGGGAGGGAACGCACCCGACCAUUCAGUUGAGGUGAUGGAAGGCGAAGACUCCUUGCGGUUUGAUCGAUUCUUCACGGAUCGGCCGUCCAACAUGAGCUCCAACUGCAUGGGGUUCUUUGACGGCGCAUACGCCUAUCAUUGGCACAACGGUUGGGACACGCCUUGUGUCCCGGACUCUGUUUGUGGACACUACUGGUUGUGCUACACAAACUUUCUGAGAGGCCUUCACCCUAACAUAUACGGAGAGAUGUAUUUAAGAAGCAAUGCCACCUCCCGUAAGUAGCAUUCUCCGACCUUAGGCCUUAUAUCUUCGAGCGGGCUAAUAUGACGCAUUGUGUACAAUGAAGUCCUUGAUAUUCCAGACUCGAUGCAAAUUUCUAUGCAUCAAUAAAGAAACGCAGGAGCAGCCG